ACUUGACAACAUGAUCGCACUUUCCUUCCCUCGCGAGCCUUAUUUCUGGCCUUUUUACUGAUAAUUUGACCAAAUAGACCAUCUUAAAUUUGUAUGAGAUAAGCUAAGACGCUGGUAAUUGCAUUGGCUCUUGUUAAUAAGAGUUUCAUCUGCACUCGUGGUGAAGAUGGAUUUUUCAGCUGUACAGUUUGGGGAUGAAAUGCUUGGGUAUGAUGGGAGCAACACCUUUAGCGAAGAGGGUACAGCCUACGCGGAAAUGUACGGGGGGGAGGGGGGGGAAGGCUUCCCAGCUGGUGGUGAAUUUGCCCACGACUCCCAAGAGGUGGAAUUCAUGAAUGGCGGAGACUACCAGGAGAGCCAGACAGUGUUGGUGGAUGGAGGCGACCGCUUCGGAGUGUCAGCCGUCACUGUGGACAGGAAGGAAGAGCUUGUCUGGAUGGGUAAUUCAGGGGGACAUGUGACCUCCUAUCUCAGCACCGAACUCAUGAAGUAUACAUCUUUUCAAGUUCACGCCACAGAAGAAAUCCGUGAUUUAAGGUCAACUGAUGCAGGUAUUCUGGCCCUCACACCUACUUCAUUAAACCUUUGGACCAGACAGGGAAUCCCAGUCUUUUCCCAUAGAUCCCCACAGUUAGAGAACAUGCAGUGCAUGCUUCAGCUCGGGGGCAACUUUUCUCAUCGCCUUCUGCUUGGGGGUCAUCAAGGCUCCAUGGUGGAGUACGACCUCACGCGGCAAGAGCAGACUCGAUGUCACCAGGUAGGUGAACAAGGCUGUGUAAUUUUGCGCGAUCAUGCCCGCUUUGUGUGCCAUGGAGACUUAACAGGAAGGAUUGUCCUCCAUGAUCCCCGAACAAUGCGUCAGGAGCACUACUUCCAGGCACACACAGGAAGCUUGUCGGACUUUGAUGUCCUGGGGAACUACAUUGCAACUUGUGGCUUCUCAAACAGGAUGGGACAAAUGAUGGGUGACCAGUUUGUUAUGGUGUUCGACUUGCGGAUGAUGAAGUUGUCCCUGCCUCUAAGGGCACUGGUCCCUCCUUUCCUUCUGCGGUUCGUGCCUGGCCUCUCAUCAUGCUUGGCGGUGGUCUCGCCCCUCGGCCACUGGCAGCUCAUGGAUGCAGGUCAGCCUGAUAAUGCCAUCAUGAGCAUGAGCUAUCAGGUCAACUGCUCACCAGAGAGUGUCAUCACAACAUUUGAUGUAGCAUCGUCAUCACAGGCUUUAGUGUUCGGGGAUAAUCUGGGGUCAUUGCAUCUCUUCAGCACAGGAAAUAAACCAACCUUCAAUAACUUUUCACAAACCGAGAGCCGAGACCGAGAGCCGAGACCGAGAGCCGACGAGACCUCACUCAGGCUGGUGGCGUUGGGCGCUGCUGACCACGUGACUCGAAGAUAG